AUGUCACCGGGAAAUCUUGUAGAUAAAAUUCUUAAGGUUAAUAGAGUGCAAAUAGAAAAAUCUAAACAUGCAGACUUUGACCAACAACUAAAAAUUAAUAAUAAACUUCCAGAGCCACUAAAGUUUUAUUCACGUCAUGUUUCUUCUUUUAUUCUUCGUCAUCUCCUGGAACAAUAUGAUAAAUAUGUCAAGUCUGAUUUUAGUUUAUAUGAGGACAGAGAUUCAUUACAAAUAAUCGAUCGGCAAUCAACUUUUUAUAACAUAAUAGACUGGGUUUGCAUCUGUGAUGCUGCAUCAGGGUUUGGCGUGCCGUGUGCACAUGUUCCUUUUGCUCUAAGAAUGAAGAAUGUAACUGUUAAUGAUCUACAGUUGAUUCAUAAAAGGUGGAUUUUAUGCAAUACUGUAGCAAACCAGGUAAGUUUUGACCAAGCGCCAUCACAUAUUACCUCAAAUAUAGAAUUAUUACCUCUCUGUUGUGCCACUCCCAAACAAAGAUUUACUACAGCAAUGAGUUACCUUCAACCAAUAGCCUCUUUGCUCGCUGAGAUGCCACCCAAAAAAUUUGAACUUGCAAUAACCUGGUUAGGAUCUAUUAAUCAACAAUGCAUUUCUGGUGAAUGGGAACUGAUGGUAUGUCAAUGGAUUUUAGAUGCUUUCAGUUUUCAAAUCAUUAAAGAACUGCAUUAGAAAAAUGUUGUGUUUAUUUUAGUUUCAAAGUGAUCCUUGUCUAGAAGUUUUUACACCUGCAGAAGAUCACGGUGAUCCUUGUCUAGGAGGUUUUACAUCUACAGUAGAUCAAAGUGAUCCUUGUCUAGAAGAUUUUACAUCUACAAAAGAUCUAUCAUCAAAAGAAAUUUUAGAAGUUAAAUCACCUUCAAGUGCAGAUCCUAUGAUGACCCCACUUGAAUGCAUAAAUAAAGAAAUAUGUGAAGUAGUCUCUCAAGAGCCACAUAUAAAUUUAGUUUUAAGGCAACCCCAGCGGAAGCCACCUGGUCGUGUAGGUAAAAACAGAGACUUUUUGACAAAGCUAUAAAAGCGUUUGUAAAAUUAGGUAGUUUCGAAAAAGAUCAUAUCCCUCUCUGUUGGUUUGUAAAAAGAACAGUUGCCCUGCAGGUUUUACACGAGAGUGCUGCUAAAAUUACCAGAUUGCUGACCCUAGAGCAAGUCUCGAUGACAUUAAGCAAUAUUUUGUAGAGGAUGCAUGGGCUGAAGUCAUCAAACGGUGUGAAGAUAUGAGGAUUGAAAAAUGGCCAUGUCAAGUAUGCGGGCAGUCUAAGGCAGCUGGAAAAAACCAAAAAUGGUUUCAGUGUGAUCAUUGUUUAGACUGGUCGCAUUAUGUUUGUCUACAAAUAUCUUGCAAACCUAAAGGAUAUUGGUUCUGUGCUCAAUGUAAAGUAAGGAAAUAGUGGAAUUUAGGUUCAUAUCCUAAUAUAAAAUAUUUUUAAAAGUUUUUAAUAUCUAUUUAUUUAGCGACAUAAAUAAAUAAUAAAAUGUUUAUUAUUUAUUAUUUAUAGAAACGGUUAGUAUAUUAUAAUAUUUAUAAAGAGCAUACUCCAUAUUUAUUUUUAUUUAUUUAAUAUAUUAUAAUAUAAAUUAAUAUAUUAUAAAAAACAUUUAAAAUAGCUUUUAAUUGGCAAUUAGCUUUGUGUUUCUUUAGCUAGUGUCCCUUUUUUGCAAAAUUCUUGAA